ACACCCCCGUGUUUAUGUCGGCCCACGGGGCGUUGCCUGUCCCUUUAAUUGGCAUGUACCAAGUCUUUCCAGGUCACAUUUCCUCCCUACGUCCCAGCCGUUUGGAAUCACUAGUCAAAAGUCCAAGAGGAGGGAAUGUGGAGACAGCGUUGUAUUUUUGCGGGGAGUUCUGCGCCGACUGGGAGCGAGAGAACGCUCGGGGACGAAGCGCGCCAUUGCGGCCCUCCCCGCCGCGUGCCGUAGUCCAGUCCCAAGAUGGCGGCCACCAUGAAGAAGGCGGCUGCAGAAGAUGUGAAUGUUACUUUCGAAGAUCAACAAAAGAUAAACAAAUUUGCACGGAAUACAAGUAGAAUCACAGAGCUGAAGGAAGAAAUAGAAGUAAAAAAGAAACAACUCCAAAACCUAGAAGACGCUUGUGAUGACAUCAUGCUUGCAGAUGAUGACUGCUUAAUGAUACCUUAUCAAAUCGGUGAUGUCUUCAUUAGCCAUUCUCAAGAAGAAACACAAGAAAUGUUAGAAGAAGCAAAGAAAAAUUUGCAAGAAGAAAUUGAUGCCUUAGAAUCCAGAGUGGAAUCAAUUCAGCGGGUGUUAGCAGAUUUGAAAGUUCAGUUGUAUGCAAAAUUUGGGAGCAACAUAAACCUUGAAGCUGAUGAAAGUUAAACAUUUUAUAAUUUUUUUUAUUUGUUUAAUAAACUUGAAUAUUGUUUAAAAUGAUAA